AUGCCAAGUAAUAAUUUCCAUCAAGUUGGUCAAUUGUCCAGCGGUGAACUGCCCAGCGAGCCAGUAGACACCAAGGUCCUGGGGUCAUCUGAAACGAAUUCAAAAAAGAGAAAAUUGAAGCAGUAUCUGGUUCAGUCGGAUAGGUUCAAUGGUAACACUCCAGGUCAGGUUUCCAUUGAAGCCUACCACAAUAUACAUUUCCUCCAGAAUCGCCGGGACAAUUUUCGCAAAGAAAUUGAAUCAAGUGAGCGUUCACCAUUGCGAGGUGCGCGAUUCAUUCCCCACAAACAUCUCAAAAUUGGAAGAUAUUUCAAACGUGAAAAGGACAAGCCCCCAGUCACAAUAUUGAAAGUGCUAGACGCUUCACUGGAUGAAACUCCAAAAAAUGACAUUUUGGCCGUAAAAUAUAACCAAUUGAUCAGAUGGAUGUAUGUAAUUCAUGAAAAACAACUCAACGCUUUGAAUAUUCCAACCUUCAUGCAUAGCGUUCGGCAGAGAAAACUUUUUGAUUGGCUUGACGAGGAACUUCUGACAUCAAAAGAGAAGCGCCUUCCAAUCUUUGGGAUGGUGAAAUUAUCUCAUCAGGAAUGGGGUGAAGAUGAUGAAUUUGGUGAUUCACAGGUGGAAUUAAUUCAUUACUUCUCCUUGAAUGGCGAGGAGAAGGAAAAGCUUGCACCGAAUUUAGCCACUUCCUUGGUACAAAGAUUCCAAGAAGAAGAUCCAAAAGCACUUAAUGAUGCAGGAGGAUCCGACAAGAUUUUUUCUAGUGCAGCUCUGCAAAAGAGCAAUGAAAAAUUACGGCAAUCACUCACAAACGACCACAAAUUUGAGACUAUAGUUAAUGCAAAACGUUGGCCUCUUUCAGGUGAUUAUCUUCCGAAAUCAACACUGGAGUAUUUCAAAUAUCAACUCAAGAAAUUGAACGAGGACCAAAACGCUAAACAAUCUGCUCGAUCUGUUCAUCCCAAGUUACCGGUUUCUGUCUACUUUUUCAAGAAAAUGCCGGAUUAUCAGAUGGUUAGAAUUUUAGAAAACACCCCAAAUAAAGGUGUUGUCAGGUUUAAUGUGAUGUAUAACAAAUUCUGGAAGCUAGUGCUAGCAACAACUUACAUUCAUCUUAAAGUCAGCCAAGAAAAAGAAAUGACAAAAUUGGAAUACCAACAGAGUAGGGAAUGA